AUGGCAAGCCAACAGCACCUCGCACUCCUCUUAUCCGCUGCCGGCGCCCCUUUGGAGCUUGGCAAGCGCGCAACACCCACACCCGGUCCCGGUCAAGUCCUGAUUCGCAACAAGGCCGUUGCUUUGAACCCAAUCGACGGAAUCAUCGCGAAGACUGGCUUCAUACUCGGCGAGUUCGGAUGGCCGGUCAUCCUUGGCCAGGACGGUGCUGGUGAUAUCGUUGCUCUUGGUGAAGGCGUGACGGGAUGGAAGGUGGGCGACAGGGUCUUCUACCAGUCCAACAUCGAGAAGGAUCGCGCGACCUUCCAAGAGUUUGCGAUCGCCGAUGCCGCCCGCAUCGCGCGCAUACCGGAGAAGCUGUCAUAUGCGGAUGCCGCCACUUUGCCGCUCACGAUUGCCACGGCCGCAAUUGCCGCGUACAAGCCGAGGGGUGACAAGCUGGCCAAGGCCGGACAGGAUAUUGGUGGCGCGGGACUCACAGCGCCUUGGGAGGAGGGUGGACGUGGGAAGUACGCGGGGCAGCCGGCUUUGAUCACUAGUGGUUCGAGCUCCGUAGGGCAAUAUGCCAUUCAGCUCGCAAAGCUCGGAGGCUUCAAUCCCAUCAUCACAACCGCUUCGAAGCACAACGAGGUGUACUGCAAGAGUGCUGGUGCAACGCACGUCUUGGACUACCACGAGGUGCCUUACUCCGAGUUUCGUAGCGCCGUAGCGAAGAUCAUCGGCGACACGCCUCUCACAUACGUGUACGACGCCAUUUCCACUCCAGAGUCGCAGAAGGCAGGCUGGGAAGCUCUCUCGCCGGGCGGCGCGCUUGUCAUCGUGAAGCAUCCAUCGGACGCAGUCGCCGGCAAGCAAGGAAAGGAUGACGCUGAGGGAAAGCGUGUUGUGUGGGCAUUUGGCGGCGCCAAUGUACCUUUCCCGGGCCAUCGUGAAUUUGGGACGGCCAUGUACGCGGUGUUGACGGAUAUGCUUGAGAAGGGCGAGAUCAAGACGAACAAGGUUGAGAUCAUCGGGCACGGUCUUGAGGUUAUUCCCGCCGGACUUGAGAAGCUCCAGAAAGGCGUGAGUGGGGUUAAGUUGGUGGCGACUCUCUAA